UGUAUCCCAAAUUCGUUAGAACCCGCCUAACCCGACAUCAAGUCUGCAGGAACUGUAGUAGCUGGAGAGGAGAGAGAGAGAGAGAGAGAGAGAGAGAAUGGCAGGGCAUGAGGAAGCAGACAAUGCAGAAGCCAUAAUCACCAGAAUCGAGCACAAGUCUCGCAAGAUCGAGAGCUUACUCAAACAGUAUAAACCAGUGGAAGCUCUCAAGACAGCUCUCGAAGGCUCGCCUCCCAAGACCAGAGACGAAAGAUGCAAGUCAGCGAAUUGGAUUGUGGUUCAUAGGGCACUUAUGGCUAUCAAAGAUGUGGAUGGGAUGUUCUCUUCUCUUGAUCCUGAGUACUAUGAUAUUCUCAUGAAGUACUUGUAUAGAGGCUUGUCUACUGGAGAUCGCCCCACAUGUGACCAAUGUCUACGGAUUCAUGAAAAACUGACAGAGAGAGCUGGAUUAGGUUGCAUACUACGUUCACUCGCAGACACAGUGAAUACUGUUUGAUUCUUAUCACUCAUUGUACAAUAAAUCAGUUGUUUGUUAUCCUUUCAACAUGAAUGCCAAAAUUUGCUGCAACAUAAAAUGUCAAUGACUUUGUUACAAAAUUUGUGGAAAAUACUUGUCAAGAGGCUUUCAGAUUUUCAUUCCAAAGGCCUAACUUGCAUAGAUCAUGCAAGAAUACACAUUAAUCCCCUACUAUUCUGCAUUAGUUAUGGAUGAAUUGACUAGACAUUGUACAA